AUACAAAAUUAACAGAAAAUGAAAUUUUAUAUAAAGAUGUAUCUAAACUUUACCCAGAAAGCCAUAGUGCUGUAGCAAGUAUUUAUCAAAUUCUAAACCAUGAACUAGGUGACCAAAGUUUACUUCGUAUACAAUAUAAGAGCUGCAAAAUUAAAAAACAAUUAUUUUGGGAAUGUACUUACUUAGUUUCUUGGCCUACAAAAAUGUCAUUUACUGCAAUGAAGGAAUCUAAAAAGUCUGCUUCAAAUGAGGCAGCAUUCAGGUGUUUAUGCUGGUUGCAUGAGCAAGGUAGAUUAAAGGGUAAUAAACCGAUAAUAUAUACGAAAGACGAAAUACAAGCUAAAUCGCACAAACCUGUUCCUAUUCAUUUGGAUUCUGACGUUUUGAAGGAAGUCAAAGAAUUGCUUCAAAUAUACAAAGUGGAUGUGAAAAAUAUAAUUGAAUCUCCUAAAUCAAGCAAUGAUCUUUUUACUUUGCACAAAGGAAAUGACAUCGAUAAAAUAUCUACAUCAUUGUCGUAUUGCUGUAAACGUAAUGAAUUACUUCAAGAUAGAUUAUCUAAAAUGGUUAACGAGUAUAUUGAUCUUCCUAUUUUGCAAUAUAAGGAAGAAAUACUCGAGAAAUUGAAAAAUAAUAACAUUUUAUUAAUUAGAGGUAGUACGGGUUGUGGUAAAACAACACAAGUUCCUCAAUUUAUAAUGGAUUCUUAUAUAAAACAGGGAAAUGCUACAGAGUGUAAUGUUUUGAUAUCGCAGCCUCGCAGAAUUUCUGCUAUUUCUUUAGCAGAACGUAUUGCUUCAGAAAGAGGAGAAACUGUUGGGGAUGUAGUGGGAUAUUGUGUACGAUUACAGAAACAAUAUCCACAGUUUCCUGGUGGAAUGCUUUUUUGUACCACUGGUAUUUUAUGUCAAAUAAUACAGAACAAUCCUAAUUUGAAAGGAUACAGCCAUGUUAUUUUGGAUGAAGUUCACGAACGUACAAUGGAAAUUGACAUACUUUUUGUUUUACUUAAAAGAGCGCUUUUAAAUAAUCCCUCAUUGAAACUUAUUGUUAUGUCUGCGACUAUUAACACUGAAUUAUUUUCAAAAUAUUUAAAUUGUGAUACGAUUGAUGUACACGGUAAGAUGUUCCCUGUUAAAAUGCAUUUCCUCGAAGAUUUUAAGAAUAUAUUACCUACGCCAGGAAAACAAAAGAAUCUGGAUUUCCAUGAAAAUGAUAUAAAUAAAAAUACAGAUUUACUAACGAUUAAUUCCCAAGAAAUUGUAAGUCUUAUAAAAUGGAUUCUUAAUAAAAAAUCACCUGGUACAAUAUUAUGCUUCUUGCCAGGAUGGUUUGAAAUUAAGAAUGUGAAAUCUUUACUUACGAUGGAUAAUUCAAUAAAACAAAAAUUGUUGAUACUUCAGCUUCACUCUAAAUUAUCGAUUGGUAAACAGCACAGAAUAUUUGAUCCAGCACCAGAGAACACUAUAAAAAUUAUUUUAGCUACAGAUAUUGCUGAGACUGGAAUUACAGUUCCUGAUGUUGUAUAUGUGAUAGAUACUACUAUUAAAAAUAAUCCUAUAUGGGAUAAUAACAAACUUAGUAUUCAGUCUCAAAGAAUAUCACAAGCAAAUAUACAACAAAGAAAAGGAAGAGCUGGUCGAGUACAAGCUGGUGAAAGUUAUCAUUUUAUAACAGAAAAGGAAUAUAAUAAUUUACGCUCUAAUCCAUUGCCUGAGAUAUUAUUCAGUCCUCUGGAAACAAUAAUUAUUAAUAUUAAAUGUCAUACUGAUGAGAAGUUUGCACAAUUUUGUGAACAUAUGAUUGAACCACCUAGUCGGACAGUAAUAUAUAAUGCAUUAAAAACAUUAAUGCAAUUAGAUAUUAUUGAUGAACAUGAACAUUUAACUCCAUUAGGAAAACGAUUAGCAUAUAUUUCUAUACAUCCGUCUUUAGGCAAAGCUCUAAUUCUUUCAACAAUUUUUAAAUGCUCAGAACCUGUGCUAUCUAUUGCUACACUUAAUUCCAUGGACCAAGAUAUUUUUGUAAACACAUUAAUUGAUAAAUCUUCUAAAAAAGAAGUUAAGGAGCUUUAUCAUCAAACAAGUGAUCAUCUUGCUGUGGCUAAGUUAUAUGAAGAAUGGGAAAAACAUUCGAAUGAAAGCUAUUAUAAAAAUGAAUUGUUCUGUAAUGAAAAGAAUAUUAAUCCUUUCCGGAUGCAAUUAUUUAUGAAAAUACGUGAUAUGAUUUCUAAUAGAUUGCAGAUCUAUGGUAUACAAAAUCAUGAUCAUAGCUAUGAUUUAGAAAUACCUCCAAGUAAAGAUACAUACUGUGACGAAUUGAUUUGUGGCAUUAUGUUGUCUUCUACGAAUAAGUUAAUUCAAAAAAAUGAUCUUUCUUAUUACAGAGGUAUUUUUAAAAAAAGAACUGAAUUUAAAAAUGAGAGUAAUCGUCCAGCUAAGAUAAUGAUAGAAAGUGUGAACUAUAAAAGAACAUCUUGGCCUAGCUCAUAUUUGACGUAUCUUCAUGGUGUGAAUCGUGAAAAAAUACCUUACAUGCUAGUAUAUAAUUCUAGCAUAAUAUCUCCCUUAACCAUUUUACUUUUCGGUACAGGUUGCAUACGUAACGAACCCAAAAACGACUCUGAUAAUCAGGAAACUAUCACUUUUAUAUUAGAAGGACGGAAGACACUGAAGUUUUCAUGUACAUCAGAGGAAGUAGAAAUGCUUAUAUCAUUCCGUAAAGUUAUUUGGUCUGUAGUCAAUUAUUUUCUUACAAUAGAUAAUCGUUGUUCCAGUUUGGAUAAUGAAUUAAGUUUUAUGAAUGAGUACAGAUCAGAAAUGUUACGAGUACUUUCUAAAAUGUUAGAUACAAGUGCUAAAGAAAAUAAAAAGGUACAAUAAUAGAAAUCGAUGAUUAUUAAAUGACAAAAAAAAACAAAUAUCAAAUGAUUAGUCAAUGUGCGUGCGCUUUCCUAUUCGUAUAAGUUUUCUAAUAUCAUACAAAAACAAAUAUCUACAUCUGUAUAAUAUGUUCGACCAAUAUUAUAUAACUUAUUUUUGUUGCCAUGGCUAGUUAACAGUAGAAGAUAAGAGAAGUGAAAUGUGUGAGAUGAGCGGAUAGGAUGAACGUUUAAUAUUAAAUAAAUUCCCCUUAAGAAAUUUUAA